CCGGAACGUUGAUUUAAGAUAUUGAUAGCAACAACAAAUGUCGGUGUGAUUUUUUGUCAAUACGGUGUCUUAUACUGUCCUCAACAUACACCCGUAAUAUAGUGCAAUUUUGUUGAUUAAGCCGAUUGCGGGAUGAAUCCGAUUGCAAAACUGAAUAUCCGGCGAAUAUCCAACCCGCUGCUAACUUUUUAGAUUGCAAUCAAUCUAGGGUAACCUGUGAUACAUGAGCUGAUAAGUUUCGUUUCUCCGGCGGCUCUGAAAACGAAACUGAAGCCUUGAGCCUCAGUCUUCGGAGGUGUAUCAGCUGUUCUCCUAAACAUUGGAUCAGCGGAGCUGAUUAGAGAUGUCUAGAGGAAGGUAUCCCUACGACCGAUACAUGGGGGGUAUUUUCACGAGGAAGAACGUUUCAACAGAACCUCGUUCCUCAGGCUGGAGAGGUCCGGAGAACUACAGGAUGACCCCAGACGGUCGCUCAGGGCGGAGAGGUCCAGAGAACAACGGGCUGACCCCAGAACGUCGUUUCCCACGGUGUAGAGGUCUGGAGAACUAUGGGCUGACAUGCUGCGUCAACGCUCUGCUCCAGUCCUUCAUCGCCACGUCGGAGCUGAAGGACCUCCUCGACAGGUGGGAUUCGUCGUCUGUGCGUGAGGAUGCCCUGGAUAACGUGCCGGUCCAUCUGAAGGGGGUCCUGGGGGCCAUCAGAGACCCGUCCUGCCGGGCCCCCCACAAGGACUUCCUCCGCUGUCUGGACCGACAACACAUCCGAUUGAACGUACAGCAUGAUGCAGACGAGGUCUUCCUGGCGGUCCUGAACUUCAUCCAGCAGCAGAUGGAUGACAAAGUCUUGGCCCUGGAGAUCCAGAGUCUGUACCGGCUGUCUGUGGAGCUCCACCACCAGUGUGUGGAGUGCUCCUCCAACCAGUUCCUGCCCAGCUCCAGCUACCUGCUCAGUCUGCCGCUGCACAUAAGAAAUCAGAACAACACUCUGAAAGACUGCCUGGCGUCCUUCUUUGAGCUACAGAAGUUGAGCGGCAUCGACAACUGCUUCUGCGACCAGUGCAAAACCCGGACCCCCUUUACACACGUUAGUGGUCUCUGUGCCCAUUGCAAAACCCGGACCCCCUUUAAACACGGACACAGGAUCCUCUCCCUGCCCACCAUUUUGUGCGUGCAGCUGCAGAGGUUUCGUUACUCUGACUCCGGCUGGAUGUACAAACUCGACUGCUCUGUGGAAUUCCAAGAGUCUUUGGAUUUCCAGGACAUUUGCAGCCGAGAUGUGUUUUCAAAGGACUUCCAAAAGAACGAGGGCACAAAGUACAGCUUGUUCGCGGUGAUCGUCCACUCCGGGACUGCGAUGUUCGGACACUACACCGCCUUCGUCCGGGCGACAGGGGGCUCGGACUGGUUCUACGCAAACGACAGCCAUGUUGAACCUGUUUCCUGGGAGACUGUGAGGGAGACGUACGGCGGUCGCAGCAGCAGGACAGCCUAUAUGCUGCUGUACCGGAGAGAGCCCACCCAGACCCUGGGAGGGGGAGAGGGGGAGGAACAAGAAGGAGAGAGACAAGAAGGAGAGAGACAAGAAGGGGAGGUACAAGAAGGGGAGAGACCAGAAGGGGAGGUACAAGAAGGAGAGAAACUAGAAGGAGAAAAACAAGGAGGGGAGGAACGAGGAGGGGAACCAGAAAGGGAGAAACCAGAAGCAGAGAAACUAGAAGGAGAGAGACGGGAAGGGGAGAAACAAGAAAGGGAGAAACCAGAAGGAGAGAAACUAAAAAGGGAGAAUCAAGGAGGGUAUAAACAAGUAGGGGAGAAACAAGGGGGGGAGAAACAAGAUGGGGAGAUACUAGAAGGGGAGAAACAAGCAGGGGAGAUACUAGAAGGAGAGAAACUAGAAAGUGAGAAACUAAGGGAGAAUCAAGGAGGGUAGAAGCAAGUAAGGGAGAAACCAGAUGGAGAGAAACAAGAUGGAGUGCCCCAGUUAUCAGGCUGAAGGGGGAUUAUUUGUUUAUAAACACGGCGGAUGCGCGCGCAGAAAGAUGGCAAAAAUAAUAUUUGUUUGACCGGUUGCCAUGGUUAUCUCUGUGUGGUUAAUUUGCAGUUCCGGUGUUAAUUAGCGAUUUUGUCAGCUUACUGUUAAAUUAAACUGUAAUCAGAAAAUUGGGAUAUAUGCUAUAGACCCUAUAGUAUCUGUGGUAUAAAGGCUGGGACGAGUUAUAAAUAUGAAUUUUAAAUAUGUACACUUAAUGUUGAAAGUAUAGACUGUCGCGAUUCCCAUUACCGAUGUAAGUCGCUUUGGAUAAAAGCCUCUGCUAAAUGCCCUAAUUGUAAUUGUAAUUGUAAUUAUUAAAAGGGUUUGUGCAACCAACUGCACAACAAGACAUGAUUGCGGCUCUUGUCGCUCUCGUCUCUUACUGCCAAUGCGCGUAGAACGGGGAGUGACGUAGAGUGAUAAUCCCCCUAUUAAAAAGAACAAAGUCCCUGUGCACAGUAUUUUGGUCCUAAGGUGCUGGUGAUGUGCAGUCAACAAUAUUAUAUCAAGUCAAAGAAGUGUAAAAUCACCGUACACUGGUAUAAGCAGAUUUAUUUUGUGAACGACACGUUUCGCUGUUGCUUCGUCAGGCUUCUUCAAAUAAGUGACUUGAUGGUUUACAGGGUCACAUGACCUCACCAAUUAGUGCAAGACACCACCAAAUCAACACUCCAAGCUCACAUACAAUACACUCCAAGGGGAACACAUCACAAACAAAAAUGUUCACAUAUAAUACAUCCAAGGUUCACGUAUCAAUAACAAUGUUCAAAUUAAAGCAUAUACGUUUAAGCUUUCACAAGGAUAGGCUACACUUAAAUAUCAGGCUCACAUAUCAUAAAUAACAAUGUGCAAAUGUUGAUGCUCAAACACCAGAAGAUUUAAACUUUCACAAAAAUUUAACUCAAAUCCUGUAAUUCAUUGAGGCCAUUGGGUUCCACUGUGUUUAUUUGUGUUCAUUUAUCCAGUAGGCCCCUCUCCUUAAAAGUUGUUCAAGUUAUGGUAUCAGCCUGAUAAUUAUUAUUAUUUUUUAUAUAUAUAUAUAUAUAUAUAUAUAUAUAUAAUUAUCAGGCUGAUACCGUCUGAGAGCAUUCAGAAUGUACUGUAACACCACCACACAUGUUGGUGUCACAUUUAUCCAUAAUUUUACAUAAUUUAGAAUGUAUAUAGAUAUAUAUAGAUUAUAUAGAUAUAUAUAGAUUAUUAUUAUUCAUCUAAUGUUUUCUGGCCAAUGUCUUUGUUUUGGGUUUUUUAAAAAAAGAAGAAAUACUAUACAGUAUGUGUAAUGUAUGUGUACAGUAUAUAUCUGGUUUUUUUCUGGCAAUACUUUGGUUUUGGUCUUUAUUUUAUUUGUAUAAUUUCGAGAUGCCUGUGUAUUAAAUAUGCCAUUGAUAUA